CAUCAAGGAGAUAUGCAUGACUUCUUUACUGCAAUGAAAAGAGGAGGAAUGUCCUUAGCUAGAAGACAUAUAGCUAGAGCAAAUAUUCCUGGAUUAGAAGGUGCAGAAAAUUUUAAAAAAGAAAAUUCAAAUCGAGGAUGUUGUUUGGAAGUUAAGUUAUCGAUUUUAAAAGAAUUACAUCCCAAAUUUCGAGACUAUCCAAUGUGUCCAGAACGAAAGAAUAUACCAUAUGAUUGGUAUAGUUUAAAACAAAAAGAAUGG